CCGCGCCGCGCCAUGCAGACCUUCCUCAAGGGGAAGCGCGUGGGCUACUGGCUGAGCGAGAAGAAGAUCAGGAAGCUGAAUUUCCAGGCCUUCGCCGAGCUCUGCCGGAAAAGAGGAGUAGAAGUAGUACAGCUCGACCUGACCAAACCAAUCGAAGAUCAAGGUCCUUUGGAUGUGAUCAUACAUAAACUGACGGAUGUCAUCCUUGAAGCGGACCAGAAUGACAGCCAGUCCCUGGAGCUCGUUCACAGGUUCCAGGAAUACAUCGAUGCGCAUCCUGAAACCAUCAUCCUGGACCCUCUUCCAGCGAUUCGGACGCUCCUGGACCGCUCCAAGUCUUACGAGCUAAUUCGGCAAAUAGAGGCCUACAUGCAAGAUGAGAGAAUCUGUUCACCACCCUUCAUGGAGCUGACAAGUGCCUGUGGAGAAGAUACUUUGCAGCUAAUAGAGAAGAAUGGACUGGCAUUCCCAUUCAUUUGUAAAACCAGAGUGGCCCACGGAACCAACUCUCACGAGAUGGCAAUCAUCUUCAACCAGGAGGGCCUGAAGGCUGUCCGCCCGCCCUGCGUCAUUCAGAGCUUCAUCAAUCACAACGCUGUGCUGUACAAAGUGUUCGUGGUCGGGGAAUCCUACACAGUGGUGAAGAGGCCAUCCUUGAAGAACUUCUCUGCUGGCAUCUCAGACAGAGAAUCUAUAUUUUUCAACAGCCACAACGUUUCGAAGCCGGAAUCAUCGUCUGUGCUAACAGCGCUUGAUAAAAUCGAAGGAGUGUUUGAGCGGCCCAAUGAUGACGUGAUCCGGGAAAUCUCCAAGGCGCUGCGGCAAGCUCUGGGAGUUUCCCUCUUUGGAAUUGAUAUCAUCAUUAACAAUCAGACUGGGCAGCACGCGGUCAUUGAUAUAAAUGCAUUCCCAGGGUACGAGGGCGUUUCGGAGUUCUUCAGCGACCUCCUGAACCACAUAGCGGCCGUGCUGCAGGGCCAGGCGCCCGAGGGGCCGCCGCUGAGCCGCAGCCAGCUGCUGCCCGAGCAGAGCGGCGGCCUCCUGGGCGAGCGGAGGUGCUGCGCCGGCCGCGGAAAAGACUCCUCCUGGAUCGUGGAGAGCGAGGCCAGCAGUGCAGUAAAACUGCAGCACCAGAGACUAGGCUGCAACUCGGCUGUGUCCCCCAGCUUCCAGCAGCACUGCGUCGCUACGUUGGCCACCAAGGCUUCCUCUCAAUAACUUGCCGAGGCCGGGGACUCAGGAGAAGCCCCAGGGAUGCGACGUGCCGUCCCGGAACCAGACAGAUCAGGCUGUAGAAAUACACUUGCAAAAAAUGAAAAGCGAAGUACAAAAAAAAAAAAAAAGAAAAAGAAAAAAAAAAAACACUUCCAUUUGAUUUAACCUGAUUUGCUGAUGAAAUGGACAGAAAGGGGGAGGAGGAGGAGGUGAUCCAGAUCCAUUUCGUUAGGUUUCAGUUGCAAAUCGGUAGUGAGUUUACACACACACAUGGGUUUUAACACUAGUCCUUUCAUUGUGGGAGGGUUGCUCUUGCAUUUCUAUUGUUCUUUGUAAUCACUGGUGACCAGCAUUUUAAAAUCGGACCUCAUGGUAUCAAGAAGAUAAUAAUGUUGGAGUGUAUGAAUGUAACAGUGCUAGAAAUUUUUGCCUAAAAUACUCCCUGAUCCUGCUUUCCAGCUCGACCCUCGCGAGAGGAAGCUAAGAGCACCUCAGUACCACCAAGCCAGAUCUGUGGCAACGUCCAGCAGACACGAUGUUCACAGGUAGCUUGCUGUGCUGGGGCAGAGCUGCCUGCUUGUUCAGGGUGCAGGACUGAGGCACCAGCCCUGCUUCCAGCUUUGCAGUUUUUCCCCUGGCCUCACUGCCUCAGUAGAAAGCAGCUUCUAACUACACUUGCCGAUAGCAGAAACCUGCCUGAUGAGACACGUCUGGAAAAAGGGUGCAGAUGGUCAGGAUGAGUGACUUGUAGAUGAAGCAUCAUCCUUCCAAGCCUCCGCUGGAGUUGAAAUCCAUGAAGAGCUCGUGGUUUCAGCUCAUCUUUUAGCAGAGAGUGUAAUUCUCCCUCCAUUGGAUUGGGAGGAGUCUGGGACAGCUCUGCAAGGGGGCUGGCAAAGAGCCACAUAUUUUCCAUAGAGCAGCACAUCUGGUGUGCAGAUCCGAAGGAGUAGCGCAGCGCUGCCUUUCACACAUCCACCACUCCAUACAUUGUAUUUUUCUUCCAGAGACAUUUAAGUAAGGGCAGAAUUGCCUGGAGUGAGGCUUUGUAUGAGGUAGCAGCAAUACAGGGCAGCUCUGGCUGAGAGACUUCAUUAUUGGGGUACGGGCUGUCAGAUGAAGCUGUGUGCUAAUUUAUGGCAGUGCUCUGUAUCACCUGUAAACUACAGCCCAGCCAAAUUGUAUAUUGCUCUUGAGACAGUAACCCUACAGUGUUCACCCUCUAUUGCUUCUUGUAGCAUUGCAGCAUCUCCUGCUGCGGAGAAUUCCUGCAACUUUUGCCAAUUCUGAACACUAAACUGGAAGUAACUGAGUCUGUCCGCGCUGGGAACAUAGACACUAUUCUGGUAGACUUAGCGGCCUUUCCUUCUGCAUAUAAGCCCUGAACUAAGUUUAAGGAGGCGGGGUUAAGAAAAUUUCCUUAGUUAAGCUCUUAGCUUACAGGUAAGGGAAUUUCCAUCGUUCUAUACCAGGCAUUUAUAAAGCACUCAUCACUGUGGCAUCUAAUACUAGUUUUGCUGCUGUCAUCCUGUAGAUACCUACUCGAAAGCAAAGGACCAGGCAAUAAGAGACCAGAUAGACCAAGGAGAAGUACUAGACCAAAAUGUGGAAAGGAUGUCACCAUCCUGCCCGAUGGUACCAGUCUAUAGGAGAAGAUGUUCCUAAGAGCAUUCUGUAGCAAUUACUUUCUGCAAAUGAUGAUUUUCCUUUAGGAGGCAUUGGAUAUUUUUCCCAAAGUGCCCUUCUAGGGAAUUGUCUAUAGCUGCGAUUGGAUUUUCGAGGAUGAUUCAUACAACACAAUAUUAUUCCACCUCUCGAAAGGCACUAACUUUCAGUUUAGGUCUUUCUAUAAGGACUGGACAGAGUCGAGUAGCUGUUGAAUUCCAUGGGGGCCCCAGGUAGAGCCGAGCUGCACGUGGGCUGUGAGCUGGGCCUAUCUCUAAGCCUCGAGCACCCGGCUCACAGAGCUUGGCUGCUGGUGCUGCCAGGGGCUCCCUGUUCACGGGCAGGGUUUGCAUCGGGAAAGACCAAAACUUUCAUAAAGCCAUGGCCGAAAUAAAAUCAAUGUCUACAGUUUGGGGUUUGUUUUAAUCUGUUUAAAAAGAAAAGGCUUUUUAUGUUACGUGUGUACCAGAAGAUACCCUCAGGAAGGAGCUUGCCAGUGCAUAUUUUUGUAUGGUACUUUCUUGUAACCAGCUGGUGGAGUGUUUGUAGACUUGCCUUUUGCUCCCUUUAUUACAACGGCUUUUUUUUUUUUUCCUUUUUAAUUGGGUGGUGGGGAAGAAGCAAUGAUGUUAAAACCGGGGUAGUAACUCAAGACCUUUCCAACUAAGUAUGUUUACAUGAACCCGAGUGUUGGAUCCAAUCGAAAUGUCUGUAUGCUGUUUCCUAGUUAGAACAUCAAAUAAGAUUUUUAUUUUCCUGGCUGCCUUCUGAAUUUUGGUUGGCCUAUUUUGCACUGCUUUAUUUCUCCAAAAUAAACUACUGAAAUAUAACUGUGCAUUUUAAACUUGUUUACAAAUGAUUGUUAAAAGUUUAUUUUGUAAUUCUCUAAAGGCUUACAGAAAUACUAUAUUUAAAUAUUACUCCAGACCUUGGCAGUAACUAGAAAACAAGUUUAGGUUGUUGGUGUGAUCAGUGACAUGUUUUUCCCAUAGUCUGUAAUUUAUUUUUAUUUAUCAAAUAUAUUGGUAUCACUUUAAUUUACCAGGUGCAAAUAUGCAGAAACCUGUUGUGAUGUGGCAUUACAGUAGAAUUUUUUACAUAAAUUACCAUGCAAUUGCUGUAGUACUAUAUAUUUCUUUGCAAAAGUUGUUGUUAUGGCUCACAGGCUAAAUCACAUGGGAAAAUUCGAGAGACCAACUUUUAAAGCCAAAUCUUUAAAUUACUAAGUGUCCAGACCAAUAACUACUUAACUGUAAAACCCUCAAGCAUGCACAUAUUACCAAGCAUGUGCUAAAGUGCUUUUCUGAAUUGCUGCCUCAUUUGAUAAGUUCAGGGUAGUUUUGAUUUAAGAUAAGCUUUGCAGAAAACUGGCUGAUGGUGUGUAGCAUUUUUUUUUCUCUUUUGAGAGUAAUAAAGCUUAGCAAUUUUAGACAUUCACAGAAUGCUUUUGCUCUUAAGCUUUUGCAGACAAUCUGGGUGAGAUUUUCUGUGCUGGCUGUUUGAAUCCAGUUACCGUGGGGUAGAAGAGGUUGUGCUGUGAUUUCAGAGGCAUAGCUACUAUUGCUGGAGCAAUGACAUUGAAAUUAAAUGGUCACUGCUUCGCUUAGGGAUCGGAUGCUGGUGUGUUUCACUGUUACAAAAGCAGAGGAACACCCCUGGCUUGGUGGGAUUCCUCCAGCUCUUACAUCAGCGUGAUGGGGACGAUUUGAUGGUGAUUUCCACCCUAAUUAUGUAAUUUGCUUCAGUAGGUGAAGACUCUUCCCUGUUAAAGACAUCUCACACAGUCUCACCAUGGCCUGGCCGUAGAACUGUUGCUGUCCCCUGUCCCCUCCAUCCGGCUUUGCCAAGUUGCCCUUUGGUUUGUAACGGCUCUACCGGAGCAAUCGGAUCACUAUGUGGGACGAAACGUGGGACUGUUCGUGAGCAGGAGGGUGCUCGGGUGGAAGCCUCCAGCUUCCCCUGGGCAUCGGAGCUGGUCGCACAGCAAAAGGCAGCGCUGGGGCUGCCGCGGGAGCUGCAGGCGAGGGGGCUGCUGCGGACACGGCCCCAAGCGCUGCAGGUCACGACGGGCUCUGCGGGGCCAGGGAGCCGCGGUAGGGCAUGGAGAAAAACGGCAGGAGACAGUCAGGAGGGAGCAGAAGAAAUGUGGCCAGAGGGAUUUAAAUUGACUGGGAAAAAGGAAAACAAGGAGAAGUGCUUCCGUGGUUUCCAUCCCCACAACCCUGCCAGGCCAGGCAUGCCAGCUCCUAAGUUAAUGCCUACUUCCCAGCGUCUUUGUGUGGCAGCAGUGCCCAGUGAGGCAGGUCUGGCCCAGCAGCUUGCAGCCUUGCCCUCCACAGCUGUGCAGAAAAUCUCGGGUUUGGGGUUUUUUCUUUUCUAGUGAAUAGACUAUUUUGAGUUUGUAAAAGUCACCCCGUGUGCAUACUUGCAGGAAUUCACUUCCAUUACCCUGCUAAUUCUCUCCUCCUUAGUAACAGAUGUAUUGAUUUUUGUAUUCAAUAGACAAUUACUUCAUGGCGUUGCAACUAUGUGUUUUGUAAUUAGGAGUCUGUGAAAAUGCUUUGUGUAGAUUAAAAUAUUUCCUUUAAUAUAAUCUCCUCUUACUUUCAUAGAUAAACAGACACACUGUUGCAGAUCACAUUGCUGAUUUUAUUUGUAAUGUUGCUUUCAUACCUUAUUUCAAAGGAAUGUAACCUCCAGAAAAGUACUUUCCACAUCUUCACUGCCUUUCCUUUUGCUGUUCACUCCAUGUGGAUCCAGGCCAUCAGCUUGAGUUUGUGAUGCCGUGGGCUUGAGAUCC